CCUUCCCCCACUACACAUCACCACACCUCUUAAUAUUCCCUUACAUCUAAUCAACCCUCAUUCCAUACCCCUCCUAUACCUACAUUUAUUCUUCUAAUCAAUAAUGGACAGAGACAGCUUUAAUUCAAAGCCGCCUACCAUCGGACGUGAGAGCGACGGUUCGUUUCCUGGAAACCACGGUGGCGUCCCCCGUUCUCAGUCGAAUAUCCCCAACCCCCAGGGCUUUCCUUAUUCUGGUUUAGCCACCUCUGGGAAUGGUGGUCCUUCGAAUUUGCAGAAAUCGUCCGACGCACCCCUCAACAGCCUCGACCGGUUGUCCCCCAAAUCAAGACUCACGAGCUCCUCCCUCGUUUUGGAAGACGGCAACAGCAGCAGUAGUGGACCGUCACAGCCUUCCAGGGCCCCUCUUCCUCAUGCCAAUCCGGUCGAACAUGCGUUUACCUCUCUGGGGAAUGAAAAAUUUGACCUUCCUUUUACGACACCCGAAGUUGUUCUUAACAAGACGCAGGUUUCUUCCUCGGUGGAGAAAAUCGAGAGAAUCUUGACUUGUUUGAAGACGUAUCUUACGAUCGCAGACUAUCAUACUUUCGCUUCCUACGACCUUGCCGAUGCGCUCCGUGACUAUGCCGGGGAGGUCAAUAAUCGCAAAUCGCCUGACGCAUUGGAGAGAAAGCUCCGCGAAAUUGAGGCAAAUGACGGCAAGCAUUUGCAUCGUUCCAAGUGCAUAUCGGAUGCUUCUCACUUCUGGGAGAACAACGCAUUCAUGAAUGAUAGGCUUCGCCUCCUGGUCAUGCGCCAGUUCUUUGGCCUCAACAUCUCUGCUUUCACUUCCUUUGACCUGCAAGCAAAGGGAGAAAUGAAAGGAGAUAUGAAAGCAGAAAAGGACAGCAAGGACAAUGGAGAGUCAAAUCCUGUUGUCGUGGACGACUUGCCAGGUGUGAGACACGACAAUAGCGCCGUUCCGCAGAAUCGGGGAGGGAUGGCUGACAGCCGAUUACGGGAAGGACUUGGGAAAUGUCCGUUUCCUCUUUCGUCCCUCCCUGCCAGCGGCUUUCCAUCGCCGGAUCCGAUAACCUAUACGAAAACAGUGGCUAUCAUCAAGGAAGCACUCAGUGCUGCGAACAGUGACGAGAGGGGCAGUCCGUUCGACGAAGAGAAGAAUCAACGCCGUAUCGACAGAAGCUUCCGCAAUUUUGAGGAGGAGUUUCUGAUGGGAUUCGUCGUACGCUCUUCUCUCGAAGGUUACGAGCACCUCAUGAAUGCUUUCCUGAGCAACAAAGAGAAGGAUCUUUUGGACCCAAUGAGCUCCAAUCCCAAGAGCAGCCCACCUCAGGGUAGCAGAGAGGAUCACCGCCCGGACCAUGGCCACAGCUCUCAAGGCAAUGGGAACAAUAUGGAGGACACCCGCCGAGGUACCAACCGCAGCCCUCCACAAGAGAGGAAAAAAUAUGCCGGCUCCGGUACUAAUCGCAACCUACCUCAAGGGCGUGAUGUGCCCCACCGGGAUCGGCUGCCUACUUUGGAGAAGCCGACCGACGCGGAUGAGAUACUGGCAGACCUGAUUGGACGAGUUAACAAUGUUAAGAGACAGCAUGGGUGUUCCGAGUUUGUGCCUUUCCCGGCCUCUAUCAUGUCGCUCAUGAAGUCCAGUGGCCCUUCGGGUCCAACACAGGGCUACUCUCAGUCCCAGGGUUUGUCCCAAUUGCCCACGAGUACUGAUCCGACCUCGGGUCCAUCACAGGUCUACUCUAAGUCCCAGGGGUUGUCUCGAUUGCCCAAGAGUACUGAUCCGACCUCGACUGAAGAGACCCCCAAGACUAAGAAGCGCUCUUACGAGCAGCUCCCACAGAGUGAAUUUGGGAAGCAAUGGAUAAAGAGCCGGACUGUUUCGAUUGUGGAUGAUACAUAUCCUAGGAACGUUCCUAACAAUGAGGGAGUUUCGACCACUGGAAAAGAGAUCGGCGUCAAUGGGAACGUGGCUGUUGGGGUUCUACCGAUUGAUAAGAUGGACAAGACUGCCGUUGACAAGAUGGACAAGACUGCCGUUGAUAAGAUGGACAAGACCGCUUUUGAGAAAGUAAUGCCGCUCGUUCAGCCUGGCCAGAUGCCUUCCGAGUUGACGAAACUCAUGGGUCGAAUCGCCGGACUGGGAGCUACCUGCCAUGAAGCGCCUUCUCUGCAUAAGUGGCUGGGCUCGUUGCCAAAUGAAAUGACCGAGCAGGAGGUUCCUUGGCUAACCACCCGCAAGAAAAACAUCCAGAAAGACAACCAGACUGUCGAGAACUCUCCGUUCAACAAGAAGCUGACGAAGGAAGGCUCCAUCAUGGGUAACUUCCGCACUGGCAUCAAGACCGACUCCGCUGGUACUAUUCUCGAUGAGACUCACGGAUACCCUCGCAUGACGGGCAAGAUCCCUGGGUCUACUCUCAAGAGGACUGGAAAGUUCUGUGUUGGUGAUGGAACUGACUACUGGGUCGCCCCUAACAUGAAAAAGUAUCAGAAAUGAUAGUAUAAGAG